GGAACAUACCACUGUACUUCUCACCCCACUUAUAGCCUCAAAACUUUUAAAUUCAAGCUACGCGAUUCUAGAGAACCUUGAAACAUAAGAAUUUUUUUAUAAUUACAAAAUUUGCAACUUUUUUGCAAGAUGCCACGAGAUCCUUUAAUCGGCCUUGUCGGCAAACCCUCUGCUGGAAAGAGCACGACGCUGAACAGCUUAACCGAUGCGACGUCCAAAGUUGGAAACUAUCCUUUCACCACUAUUGAUCCUCAACGAGCUAUCGGAUAUCUUCAAAUAGCAUGCGCUUGCGAACGCUUCAGCGUACAAGAUAAAUGCAAACCCAACUACGGAUCAUGUGUCGAUGGUCGUCGCUCCGUGCCGAUAGAACUCCUCGACGUUGCUGGACUUGUUCCCGGCGCACACCAGGGUAGAGGUCUAGGUAAUAAAUUCCUAGACGAUCUCCGACAUGCGGAUGCAUUGAUUCACGUCGUGGAUGCCAGUGGGAGGACCAACGCAGAGGGAGAAAAUACACGAGGCUACGAUCCUUCUCAGGAUAUAGCCUGGCUACGUGGUGAGAUUGUUGCUUGGAUCAAAGGAAACCUCUGGGAGAAAUGGGGCUCUAUAAAAAGGCGUCAUGUCGCCAUCAAGGCCACCGCUGUCGAAACCUUGCAGGGGCAAUUCUCAGGUUAUGGGAGUACAGCUGCGGUGGUAGCCCGAACAUUGGAUCGCAUGGGCCUAAAGGAGCCCCUAGAACAUUGGAGCGAGGAGACGGUCGACCGUGUCGUCGGCGCAUUUACGGAUGAGAAAUUCCCCACGGUCAUCGCGCUGAAUAAAAUCGACGACUCCGACGCCUACAAGAACCUCAUGAAGAUCACCAAAAUGCAAGAUCCCAAUAUGGUGGUGGCAUGUUCGGCGAAGGCUGAGCUGUUUCUGCGGAAAAUGGCCAAGCAAGGCUAUAUAAGAUAUACAGAAGGAACAGAGUUCGUCGACACACGCGAAGACUUGAUCGCGGAUGGCGACCCAGACGGUGGAGGACUAAAGGAGCUAGACGACAAGAAUAAGAAUAUUAUCGAGGAGUACAAAGAUAUGAUCUUGUUCCGAUACGGAUCCACCGGCGUCGUCCAAGUACUUUCGAAAGCGGCGGAGAUUCUGGGACUCGUUCCAGUCUUCCCCGUGCGAAACAUAUCCACAUUCAGCUCUGGAUCGGACACGAAGCAUGCUUUCAGAGACUGUGUGCUGGUGAAGAAGAACACGACCGUGGGCGAUGUCGCCAAGAAAGUGAUGGGCGAUGCGCCAAUUGCCUAUGUGGAAGGAGUGGGAGGUGUACGAGUUUCGGAAGAUGCCGUUGUAUCAGUAGGCAAAAACGACGUGUUAUCGUUCAAGAUAGGUCGAGCGUAAUGAAUAUAGACCAUGUCUAGUAGAUGCUCUAUUCGAUCCCCAAGUAUGACUAUAACUGAUUUUUUGUCCAGCGGCGUCUAUGUUGUAUUUCACAGGAACGUACGUAGCAUGAUAGCAGGUAGGUACUCAUUCAAACUUACCUAGAUACAAUUCAAUUUAGCGUUCGCAAGUUCUUGGGUUCACACCGCAUUCAACGUCACUAGUCUCUUUUCCGCGGUAGAGGAUUUCGGUGAUCAACACUUGCGCAGUCCUGAAGAUCCGAUUGGGAUAACGCCGUCAACUUUCCUCAAAAUAGUUUAAUGUUGCGUAGUUAUCAUUGUAUUGCCACUAUUAUCCUUGUUGUUUUGAUUACCAUCGAUCUAGUUUCAUAGGCUACGAAUACUUGUUUUUGCAUAGUCACAAUAAUAUCAAGAUGAGG